AUAAAAUAUUUUCCUCACGUAAAUGAAUAUUUAAAUUUUUUUUAUUCAUAAUACGUUUUUCAUUUUUAAAAUUCUUUAUUAAGUCAAAAGUUAAAUUUUAAUAUUCUCUAUUUAAAGUCAGUGGAACACCUAAGCCAAAUACAAUAUUUUAGCCUUAUUUAUUGUUUAAUGUUGCAUCUGGUUUUUCCAUAGAAAUUCUAAAAAUAAAUUUUUAAGUCACACCUACGAAUAUUUUUUCUUACUAAGCAAAUCAAAGUUGAUGUCUCCCGUAACUGGAAAUACCAUGCCAAAUAUGUCCUUGGUUUCUAUGGUAUGUAGCCGUUGUGAUGAAGGUUUUGAACCACAGGAAAAAAUAGUAAACUCAAACGGUCAAUUAUGGCACACUCAGUGUUUUGUUUGUGCUCAAUGCUUUCGUACAUUUCAAGAUGGGAUAUUUUACGAAUUCGAAGGCCGAAAAUAUUGUGAACGUGACUUUCAUGUUUUAUUUGCCCCAUGUUGUAACAAGUGUAAUGAUUUUGUAAUUGGACGAGUCAUUAAAGCAAUGGCUUCAAGUUGGCAUGCACACUGUUUCCGAUGCGAGCUGUGCAAUAAAGAGUUGGCUGAUUCGGGUUUCAUGCGCCAUCAAAAUAAAGCAUUAUGCCAUGAUUGUAAUGCAAAUAUAAAAGCUGUAGGUCUGGGAAAAUACAUGUGUCAUAAAUGCCACGGAAUUAUUGAUGAUGGACCUUUGCGUUUCCGUGGUGAAGUAUAUCAUGGGUAUCAUUUUAACUGUACCAGUUGUGGGGUAGAACUUGACUCCACUGCACGUGAAGUUAAAAGUCGUCCAGGCUUUGCAGCUAAUGAUAUGAACGAACUUUAUUGCUUGAAAUGCCAUGAUCGAAUGGGAAUUCCUAUAUGUGGUGCUUGCAGACGCCCAAUUGAAGAACGCGUGGUCACAGCUUUAGGUAAACAUUGGCAUGUGGAGCACUUUGUUUGUGCCAAAUGUGAGAAACCGUUUUUAGGACAUCGUCAUUACGAAAAAAGAGGAUUAGCUUAUUGUGAAACGCAUUAUCAUCAGCUCUUUGGAAAUCUCUGUUUUGUUUGUAACCAAGUCAUAGCAGGGGAUGUUUUUACUGCUCUGAAUAAAGCUUGGUGUGUUCAUCAUUUCUCGUGUUCAGUUUGCGACAAUAAACUCGAUCAAAAGUCCAAAUUUUAUGAGUACGAUGAAAAACCGGUAUGCAAGAAAUGUUAUGAAAAGUUUCCUAAUGAACUUAGAAAGCGUUUAAGAAUAGCACAUGAAAACACUAUCAAAAAGCCGAUAUAAGCAUAUUCUGGUAAAAAAAAACAGAAACAUUAAAACUACCUUUAAAAAUAACUAAUUUUACUAAAAAAUACAAAUUUAAUUCAACAAAAUAUAUUUCAUGUGCCUUUAAUAUUUUUUUUUUAAUAACAUUUAUAAUUAUAACAUUUAUAAACAAAAUAUUGGAUGCAAUUUUUUAACAAAUAUAACAUAUAUAUUUAAACCAUAUAAAUAUAUACUAUAACAAUUUUAAAUUUAACAAUUGUAACUC